AUGUAUGAGUCGUCGCCGCGGUCCAGAGAAGUCGAGAAAGCGCUGUUCCAGCUCGACAGGCUGGCAGAGGACCAAACUCGCGCGGUCUUGCGCCACAUCAUCAUCGACGAUGCUGUGAUGAACGAGGCGCAGUGUUCCCAUGUGGCGAGCCUUAUCAACGGCACCUUACAGAAGGUGCCUCGCGAAGGUGUGAAUGCUACGCUCACCUGCGCCACCGGCUUUGAAGCAGCCUCCCACUGGGAGAAAUCCUACGCGAGCCACCCUGGCCAUGUGUCUGCGACCUUUCGCAAGAACUCUGUCAACGGCGAGAACGAGGCCGACAAGUCCAAACAGGUGGUCUUGUUCAAACCUAAGAAGACCGCGCCUGCCCUGGCCAAGAACGAGUCUGCCGAUGUCAAGCCUUCCUUUGGCGCUACGCCGGAUGUCAAGGGUCUCACCAUCGUCAAUCAGGGCCAGAUGACCCUGCAUUACCACUCUUACAAUCAUGCUCCGUCCCCCGCGCCCCAGACGCCCGCGGUGCCCCGCAAGCGAUCUUUAGAUAAGGCCGAAGACGAGGAGUACUCUGAGGCGCUUGCCUCAUUGAUGAAGUUCGACCUGUCCCCUGAAAGCCGUCGCGAUCCUACACUGAACCCAAAGCGUCAACGACUGGAGAAGCCCGACAUCGAGAUGCUCGAGCCCGAGGCUCCGAAGGCCCAGGACCCAGUGAAACAGGAGAAAGAACAGCCGGUUCAGAAAGACAAGAAAAAGAAGAAACGCAACCAAAAGAAACUCCCUUGCAAGAAGUGCGGAAAGUCCUACAAGGGACCUGAGAACAAAGGUUCCAAGACGCCUUGCAGAUCUCAUCCUGGAGUAUUCAUACCGUACCCAAUCGGGGUGUGGCCCAAGGGAAACAAGGGCAAGGGAACACAGCCACUGUACGCUGCCUGGAGCUGCUGCAAAACAGGGCUUAACACGGCUGGAUGCGUGUUUGGAAAGCACGAGAGGCAAAGUUCUUCUUAA